AUUUGGGAUUGGGUUUCAUUCGGGGCAGAUAGAGUAGAGGUUUGGUAGCCAUGUGUUUAGCAGGCGCUGAUGGAGAUUUUAAUAAGAUUCAGGAUAUCAGAGGAGCUAAAAAUGAAGUUUUAAUGAAUAAUCUGGUUUUAAGGUUUGGGUUUGGUUUAAUUUAGUUGAGUUUAAUGAGCUGUAAUGGAGAGACAGACUGUUUUGGCUGAUCUGAAGAGUCAGACUCUGGAGCAGCUCUGUGAGAUUUUGUCUCGACAGGAAAAGUUAUUAAACAACAAGCGGUUCAUUCAAACCCUCCCUGACAAAGGUAAGAAGAUUUUCGAGUUUACAGAGAAAGUUCGCCGUGCUCUAGCAAACAAGGAAGAAGAAGAGAAGAAGCAUGCCAACUUAGCCUUCGUACGAACAGAAUUUCAGGCCAGAUACCAGCAGGCUUUUACUCAGCGCCGGUACGUCGUCUCUGCCGACACGGGGCUCAAAGACAACGAGGACUCUAUGAACACUGAGCCGUCACAUACGGUGGAAGCUACAAUCAGAGAGAAUGGUGAAAUCAGCUCCUGGACAGCUACACCUGGAGAUACGCUCGCGUCUGGAAAUGCAGAUGGAGCUGAAGACACGGAUCUCACGGUGAUGUUUGGACGGGUUACUUUAUCCGAGGAGAACGCCGUUCCUUCCGGAGACUCAACCGGAAAUCCUGUUUUAGGCUUGCAGCCUCAGAAGAAGCCACAUUACAUAGAAGUGUUGGAGAGAUCAGGCGAAAAAGCAACAAAACCUCGAUUCAGGCCCAAUCAACUGCCAUUGAAGUCUGCUUCUCCAUCUCCUGGCCAGUCCACUGGCAGUGUAACCCCAAUCAGCGCUGAGGCCCGGAGACUGAGGGACAGGAAGCACCUUGAUGACAUCACAGCUGCCAAGCUUCCUCCACUGCACCACAGUCCUGCACAGUUACUGUCACUGGAGGAGUCGGUCAUCCUUUUCAAGGAGCAAGCUACGAAACAUCAGGAGCUGCAAGCCAAAAUGGCUGCCCAGAAGCUGGCUGAGGGUCUGAGUGUCAGUUUGAACAGCUAUAAUCCUGAGGGGGGCGCUCUGGCUGCAUACAGAGAAGUGCAUGAUGAUGGGACACUUUCAGAGGAAGACUGAGCCAGGAAAGAGUCUGUGGUUAUGGAGCUGAAGGAUCAGUUUCUCUACUAGUCUCAGGCAGUUCCUUGAGUUGGAUCAUUCUGAAAUUGCGUUUUGCACAUCAUGAUGAAGUUCUGCAAGGAGCCCAGAUCUGACCCGCUUCCAGGGAACGCACUAGUUUGGUCAGUCUCAAAUCCAGGCUCUGGAGACGUCCAAGCACUAAAUCUGUGUGCACGCUUUGCUGUAACACUUUAUUCAGCACCACAGGACUUUAAGAACCCCCACGUGAGCACGUGAGCUGGACCACUCGGAACACUUUCACAUAUUGAAA